AUGUCAGAGAACAGGUUCACCGGUUCUAUCCCGCGUUCUAUAUGUUCUGCCACUAGUGACUUGAUGUUUCUGGAUUUGUCAAGGAACGAGCUAACGGAUGUCAUUCCUACAAAUCUGGUGACAUGUUCUGAGCUGGUAAUUUUGAACUUGGCUCAAAAUUAUCUGGAAGGAGAGAUGCCAGAAGAGCUAGGAAAUCUGACUCAACUUCAGACACUAAAUUUGAAUGAAAACCAAUUGCAAGGUGUUAUCCCUCCUUCUAUUGCAAAUUGUAUAGAACUCCGAGUAUUUGACGUAGGAAACAACAGAAUUCAAGGAAGCAUCCCAAUUUCGAUUGGAAAGCUGGCAGAUAUACGAAUUCUCAACUUGGCUUUUAAUAAGUGGCAAGGCUCUCUUCCACAGGAGUUGCUAAACCUCACGAAUCUCCAAAUUCUAGAUUUAUCUCAUAAUAAUUUAUCAGGAUUCAUUCCUAAGAGAAUGGGGAAGUUGAAUGCCAUGGCGAAUCAAUCACAAACCGAUCAAACAGAGAUGAGUCUCGGUGGGCGAAUUAGCGCUGAUGUUGGUCCCGAUUUCCUUAUAAAGUUUGUGAACCAAGUGACACUUUGGAUUAAAGGAAGAGCAACUCCAUACCCUAAGAUUAUCAGUGCUUUCAAAUUCAUGGAUCUUUCCUACAACAAGCUGUCAGGCAGUAUUCCUGAGCAAAUGGGAGACCUGAAGGGCUUAAUUGCUCUCAACAUUUCAAACAACGACCUGACAGGAAGCAUUCCUAAAUCCUUGGGAGGUAUCGUUCAGCUGGAGUGUUUGGAUCUUUCAGGAAACAUGCUGUCAGGCAACAUUCCAGCAGAUCUUUCAAACCUCAGAUUCCUUUCUGUUUUGAAUCUUUCAUACAACAAUCUUUCUGGGUUAAUACCGCAGGGGAAACAGUUUGCAACCUUUGAAGCUUCUUCUUAUCUGGGGAACGCCAAUCUUCAUGGGGUUCCCUUGGAAAAUGGAACACUCACAUCUGGUUGGGGUGAAAGAGGCCGCCAGGUGCAAUGGAACAGCACAGGAGUUAGAGACAGAGAUGGAGAUGCAGAUGCAGAUGAGAUGGAUCGAUGGUGGGUGGUGUCAGUGGGGUUAUGUUUUGGGGUAGGAUUUGCCAGUGUGAUUGCAAUAUUGUGCUUUCACCUUAAAUGGAGAUACAAAUGUUUUGCUUUGUUGGAUAGCUUUAUCCAAUAUCUUAUGCUAAGUCUGCCGCAGAGAUCCUCAUUAUGA